AUGCCGAUCGGGGCCUUCACGGCGGCUGAGGGAGGGCCUGGUCCCUCCUCCUACAGCCGCUAUGAAGCAGCGAAGAAGCUCAGGAGGCCUCAAGGUCAGCGCCAUGGCGGGGGAUGGAGGAUGAGGUGGAUGGGGAUGUCGCAGCAGCGUGCCUUGCGCUCCCAUGUUGGGUGGUACGACGAGCACGAGAAGAUCGCCAACUCUGACUUGGAAGUGCUCGAUUACGAGAGGAGAGUGGCAUGGUAUGACAGGGCAACAAGGAAAGAAAUCGAAGAGAACCUGAAGCACAAGACGAACGUCCAUGAGAUCGGGAAGCUCCUUGGUUGGCCUUUCCGCGAAGGAGGAUACACGCCUAAGCGAAGGCCCAAGGACUUAGACAUUCCUGACAGUGGAGCGGGAGGUGCAUCGACGUCGAAGCUAGAUCCAGAAGAGCCGAAGCUGUUGGAAAGACGCCUCAUUUACAUCUUUGAUGAUGCGAUCAAAGCUACAUAUGGGACCCUCUCUUCGACAUCUUCCCGACAGUCGUCGAGGCUACUCAAGCGCAACAAUGCACCCAUGCAAUCCUUCGGUCAAAGUUUUGAUCGCCGCAAGGGGAAGAGUCAGGGAGUCGCUUUCGAAUAUGGUCGAACUCAGUUUGCGAAUGUGGAUGUGCGAGAUCCGACCGUUGUCAGACGGAAUGAACAAGCUCUUGCUCAACGAGCUGGCGAAGCCAAGCCGCUGCAGGAUCGAAUCUCAGCGAAGUCGGAGCUGAUGAAGAAACUUGCCAAAGAGAAGGACAAUACACAAUCGUUCCUGCAGGAAUCGGGAAAGUCGAUGGACAAGUCGAAGCUUCGGGCGAAAUUGGAUCUCAUCAACAAGCUUGACUUGAGAUUGGGGAAGGAGGCGGAGGAGCUGCAGCAGCUGCAGAAAGACUACGAGCUGCAGAAGCGAACGCUGGGGAAGAACAAACCCAAAGCUCGCCCGACAGUAUUUCAGGAGAUGAUCGCCGACUUGGGCAAGACGUGGACGGAAAUGAUGAAGAAGUUGACCGAGGAUGCAGAGGAUGCACACAAGGAAGGGGAGGACGGGAAGCCGGAAGAGUCAGAACUCUACUUCGACGAGCACCUGAGGGAUCCGGUGACGGGCAAGUACAUUCAGAAAGUCCUGCAAAGGAAGAACAGGGACUUCGUGCUGCGGGCCGUGCAGAAAAACAAGGCGAUUGCUGACGUCCUCAUGGCAAGGAGCGACGGCAAGAGCAAGUACCGCCGUCCCAACCCCGAGGAGAGAGUCCAGGAGCGAGCCUCCAGAGAGAAGCACCAGCGGGUAGUCGACAGCUUCCUCGCCCGCGCCAUAGAGCAGAACGUGUGGGAUAAGGUGGACGAGAGGGGGAGGGUCAAGCUCGUGGACAAGACCAAAGAGCUGGAGAACUGGUCGGUCGCUACCAUGCAGCACCACGAGAAUGUCGUGGCAAGUGGGAAUCUCGCAGCACAAGGUCCCUGCUCAGUCCUUGGAAGCACGGCCUUCAACUCCUGCCCACCCAAGAUGAUCACCCUCCCCAAGGAUCGCAACGGACACCAGUACCUCAACUUCAAGACUUUCGAGGUCGACAUGAGCAGCACAGGGAACCCGGACUGCGUGUAA